AAGAAUCAGGACGGAAAAGACUCGAAACCCGACUUGGACCUCGAGGAUUUGACUUGAAGUGAUUCAUAGAAAUGUGGACGAUACCAAACGUCCUCUGCUGGCGUCUUUUAGGGUUGUUUUGUCUCCUCUGACUUCAUGUUGUGUCUCUGAGCAUCUUUGAGGAUGAGGGCUGCUGAUUGGCUGCUGUUUGUGGCGUUGCUGCCUCUCGCCUCCUUCGCCUCGCGUCCAGACAUCUGCCAGGCCAAACCCAAGGACCUGGCCCUGGAGCCGCGAUGCAUCUACCGCAGCCCUGAGCCCGAGGCCACCGAGGCCACCGAGGCCCCCGAGGCCCCGGAGCCCGAGGUCAUCCCCGAGUCCACCAACCCCCGAGUGUGGGAGCUGUCGAAGGCCAACAGCCGCUUCGCCCUGUCGCUGUAUAAACAGCUGGCCGUCAGCAAACCGGCAGAGGCCAACAUCUUCAUGUCGCCCAUCAGCAUCUCCACGGCCUUCGCCAUGACCAAGCUGGGAGCCUGCAACCAGACGCUGAGGCAGAUCAUGGAGGUGUUUCAGUUCGACACCAUCAAAGAGAAGACGUCGGAUCAGGUCCACUUCUUCUUCGCCAAACUGAACUGCCGCCUCUACAGGAAGAAGGACAAAACCACGGAGCUGAUCUCUGCCAACCGGCUGUUCGGAGAGAAAUCGCUCAUCUUCAACGAGACGUAUCAGAACAUCAGCGAGACGGUUUACGGAGCCAAACUGCUGCCUCUCAACUUCAAGACUAAUCCAGAGAAAGCCCGGCUCACCAUCAACGAAUGGAUCGCCAACAAGACGCAGAACAGGAUCCAGGACACGUUGCCGUUCGGGGUGUUGGACUCCACCACCAUCCUGGUCCUCGUCAACACCAUCUUCUUCAAGGUAGGCAGCCCAACACCUGAAGCUGCAGCUGUAGCUCUGAUUGGAGGCGUUGAAGAUUAUUCUACAUUACUAACUUUAAUUUCUGCGUCUCAGGGUCAGUGGAAGAACAAGUUUAACCCAGACAACAUUUACGACACGGUUUUCCACGUCAGCCCUGACCAGACCUGCCCCGUCAACAUGAUGUACCAGGAGACCAAGUUCAGGUACCGACAUUUCCCCGAGGACCGGAUCGAGAUGCUGGAGAUGCCGUACCGCGGAGACGACAUCACCAUGGUGAUGAUCCUGCCCAGCAAGGGCACGCCCCUCAGCCAGGUGGAGGAGAGUCUGGACCUGAAGAAGCUCAGCGGCUGGUUGGAUCAGCUGACGGAAGUCACCGUCUCCGUCCAGGUCCCUCGCUUCAAGGUGGAGGACAGUUUCAGUCUGAAGGAGGAGCUUCAGGCCAUGGGUCUGACUGACCUGUUCAGCCCUGAUGAGGCCAGUCUGCCAGGGAUCCUGGAGGACGGCAGCGACAGCCUCUUCAUCUCGGACGCCUUCCAUAAAGCCUUCCUGGAGGUGAAUGAGGAGGGCAGCGAGGCGGCAGCAGCCACGGCCGUCGUGGCCGUCGGACGCUCCCUGAACCUCUAUCGCGAGGUGUUUCUGGCCGACCGACCCUUCCUGGUGCUCAUCAGGGAGUCGACCAUCAACACGCUGCUGUUCUUGGGACGCGUGGCUAAUCCUUGUGACCAGUAACCACCUCGUUAAAAACAACAAUUAGACGCAUCUCAGACACCUGGAGGAUUAUUUACCUAUUUACCUGUUGAAUCCAGCCUUAGAUCUGUUGUUUAUUCUAUUAGGUCACUAAUCAGCAGCAUCAGUUUUUAUUUUAAAUGGAACCAUCAGCUGGUAAUUAAUUCCCUAUUUAAUCAAAUAAACAGUUUCCACGGUUUCAGCCAAACAUCCUUUAAAUGUUGAGCUUCUAUUUUCAGCUCCUCUGGUUUUUUAGUUGUUGUUAGUUCAACGGUUUCAACGAUUAAAUCACUUUUCAGUA